AUGUCGCUUGAGUCAAAUAAGGAAAAUGAACUGUCGACUUACAUUAAAGAGCAUACUCCGUCUCUAGUGGAGAAGGAAGUUACUUAUGACAAACAGUUUUCUGUUACAAAAAGUGAAUUGGAAAUUGAACCUCUCCUUAAACCGAAUCCACAUCGCUUCGUUCUUUUCCCUAUACAGUACCAUGAUGUGUGGCAGUUUUAUAAGAAAGCAGUAGCUUCUUUCUGGACUGUAGAGGAGGUAGACUUAUCCAAAGACAUUGUGGAUUGGGAAUCUCUAAAAGUUGGGGAACGUCAUUUCAUUUCGUACGUGUUAGCCUUCUUCGCAGCAAGUGAUGGGAUUGUUCUCGAGAACCUGCUUGAACGGUUCAGUCAGGAGGUGCAGAUUCCCGAAGUUCGUUGUUUUUAUGGUAUGCAGAUAGCGAUAGAAAACAUUCAUUCUGAGAUGUACUCAUUACUGAUUGACACAUACGUAAAAGAUCCCAAAGAAAGGGAUUUCCUUUUCAACGCUGUGAGUAACCUGGAUUGUGUCACUAAAAAGGCCAAGUGGGCAUUAGAUUGGAUUGGUGAUUCAAAGUCUACGUUUGCUGAACGUCUAGUCGCCUUUGCGGCAGUGGAGGGUGUGUUUUUCUCUGGCAGCUUCGCUGCUAUCUUUUGGUUGAAAAAGCGAGGAUUAAUGCCUGGGCUGUCUUUCAGCAACGAGUUGAUAAGCAGAGACGAAGGCCUACAUUGUGACUUCGCUUGUCUUCUAUUUAAACAUAUUGUCAAAAAGCCUUCCAAAGAGCGUGUUGAGACGAUUAUGAAGGAAGCAGUUGCGAUUGAACAAGAGUUUUUGUCUGAGGCCCUUCCAGUCAGUUUGAUAGGAAUGAACUGCAAAUUGAUGUGUCAGUACAUCCAGUUUAUUGCAGAUCGGCUUUUAGUGGAACUUGGUUACGAAAAGGUGUAUUUCUCUGAAAAUCCAUUUGAUUUCAUGGAGAACAUUUCUAUCGAAGGGAAAACAAAUUUCUUUGAAAAACGUGUUGGGGAGUAUCAACGCGCUGGGGUAAUGUCUCGAGCCAGAGGCGAGUCCACUCACAAUUUUUCGAUUGAGGAAGAUUUCUGA